AUGGCCUCCAACAAUGUCUGCAACAGCUGCGUUCGCGCAUUGAGACAAGCUUCUGCUCGACAGAUCAACGUGAGUCUGCUUCGACAGCAAGAAUCAAGCAGCGGUCGCAUUGUGCACAACCGCCUUUCGCCUCGUGGCCAGUUCCUAGGACGUACCCUCACGACCACUGCCAGCCGUUGUGAAGCAGGAAAGAGCCAGGAUGGCCCAGAUGCGUCGACCAUGCAGAAGUUCGCCCAGCGCAUGCGGGCACAGAAACAGAUGAAGGCUGCCACAGAACCAUAUGUCGCCUACGGUGCUACCGAGGAUCUUUUCCGCGCAUGCGCUCGCGCUGGUGAUUACACCAUGCCUACCGUUGCUGAAGGCGAAGAGCCGCUCAGGUCGGCUAAGGGCGAGGACCUGGGUGUUGGCUCGGGUUGGUGGUAUGAAGAGCUGGGUCUAACCCCGACCUUUAACACCUGGGCUCAAAUCACUUUCUUGCACAUGUAUCUCGUUACCGUACGUCUGAGGAUGUUCCCUCAACAGCACGCCCACCACUGGCAUCAGAACUUGCUGGAUCACUACUUCUACGCUGCCGAAGACCGUAUGGCCGCCUUGCACAAUAUCGCCGCUCGCAGUGUGCGCAACAAGUACCUCAAGGAUCUCUUUGUGCAAUGGCGCGGUGUUCUCGCUGCCUACGACGAGGGCUUGGUCAAGGGUGAUGCUGUCCUUGCUACUGCAGUGUGGAGGAACGUCUUCGGCGGUGACGAGAACGUUGAUGCUGCUGCUGUCGCAAAUGUCGUCAGCUACAUGAGAAAGAACCUCAGAGACCUUGACAGAGUUCACGACUCUGAUAUUGCUAGUGGAGAUAUCAGCUUCUCCGACCCUGCCAGAGAAGCCACCAUUGUGGACAGGGAGGCCCAGGCUAUGAAGCAGCCCAUUCCGGAGCCCACACCUGUCGCACAAGUCUGA